AUGACAAAGGGAGGACUGUGGAAAAUUAAGGAAGAAGGCAAAGUUUACAUGGACACAGAGGAAACAAAAAGGAGGAUGCGGAAAGAAAAUAUGGCUGGUAGAAAUGUCCACGUUAGAAAUGGAAGGAAGGAAGAAGAUUAUAAUACAAUAGAAUUGGGAAAAACUGCAAGAAGGGCAGCAAAGAUGAUCCAAGCCAACAGUUUUCACAUUACUGCCUACUUUAUGAAGAGAUGGGUUAAUCUCCGCUGUGCUGUAGGAAAAAAAAAGCGUGAGCUACGUGUGUUUCCAGACAGAUUUAUAGUUUGUGUCAGUAAACUUGAAUCUAAUCCAAGUGCUUGGACAUGUGAAAACGGUGUAUUGAAGGAAGAACUUUCCAAUGGGAUGUCUGAAUAUUUUGCUGAAUCUGCUGAGAACAAGAAGCUUAAGAUUAGUCUGAAUGAACAAAUAAAGCAAGACAUCUUGAAAGAAAUUGUGAAAAGGACAAAACCAAGGAAAAGUAGCACAAGCAAACCGCAAAUCAGCAAGGACUCCAAGAAAGUGUAUCUUGGCUCAGCGGACUCGCAGACAGGGAACAGAAAGAACGACCGUCAAACUUCUCUGAGUCCUCAAUCUGAAGUGAAAUGUAGGAGUACAGGACUGCUAAAGGACUGCAUAAAUACAGCUGAAAGCAACUUGGAGCUUCCUGUUUUAGAGCUGGAAAAUUAUGUUAAUCGGAGACAGCCAGAUGAUGUUAGCAGCCAGCAAAAACCUCACUCUGUGGAGUGGUUGAAGUCGAGUCCUCUAAGCGAGAACCUUCCUUGUAGCUCUGAGUCAGCACUGCUAGGACCAAAACAAAGUCAAAAAGUGACCAAAGCACAGGCUCAACAAAAGAGCUGUGGUUCAGAAGAAAAAUUAGAGCAUUUAAAAAAACUAUCCUCUGAAGGGGCUCCUUUAAUUCCUAGCAAUACAGAAAUGAGUAAGCGUGAUGAUGAUUGUUUAUGUCCAUUCCUGGAGGAGAGGAUCCCACUUAAUUCCAGGUUGUUUUCUAAAGAAGACUUGACAAAGGCUGCAUCUGAUGAGGAGUCACUAACUUUGGGAAAAAACCUCUCCUGGCCUCUUUCUGUGAGGAACAAUAUAGCGCAGACGAACAAAAAUGAGCUAAGCACAACCACUGAAGAAUUGCCUGUGAUGCCUUCAUCUUGUUUAGAACUGCAGCUUGUGUCUUCAGAGAAGCUUACCCAAAAAAGAAAAAAAGAAGUUGAAAGUGGUCUCAGGAAGUUAAAACUGCGAAGGCUUAAGAAGUCAUAA